CCGCGGCUGCAGGACCCAGAGGCCAACCCUGACGGCCCAGGAGGAGCGGAGCCAAGGGCAGCACCACCAGCCUCCACGCCUGCCCCCACCGCCAGGGAACCAUGCUCCUUGCCACGUUUAAGCUGUGCGCCGGGAGCUCCUACAGACACGUGCGCAACAUGAAGGGGCUGAGGCACCAGGCUGUGCUGGCCAUCGGCCAGGAGCUGAACCGGAGGGCCCCGGGGGGCCCGACCCCAGCUGCCUGGAUUAACCAGGUUCGGCGUCGCGGCUCUCUGCUUGGUUCUCAGCUGGAAGACACUCUCUACAGCGACCGAGAACUGGCCUAUAUCCAGCAGGGAGAGGAGGCCAUGCAGAGGGCCCUGGGCGUCCUCAGUGACCAGGAGGGCUGGAAGAAGGAGAGCCAGCAGGCGAAUGGGGACGAAGUGUUGAGUAAAGUGAUCCCAGACGUGGGCAAGGUGUUCCGGCUGGAGGUGGUAGUGGACCAGCCCAUGGAGAGGCUUUACGAAGAGCUCGUGGAGCACAUGGAGGCCAUGGGCGAGUGGAACCCGAAUGUCAAGGAGAUCAAGGUCCUGCAGAAGAUUGGAAAAGACACAGUCAUCACUCACGAGUUGGCCGCAGAGGCGGCAGGAAACCUUGUGGGGCCCCGAGACUUCGUGAGUGUGCGCUGUACCAAGCGCCGGGGCUCCAUGUGUGUGCUGGCUGGCAUGGCCACACACUACGGGGAGAUGCCCGAGCAGAAGGGCGUCAUCAGAGCUGAGCACGGCCCCACCUGCAUGGUGCUCCAUCCCCUGGCUGGAAGCCCCUCAAAGACCAAGCUCACCUGGCUGCUCAACAUUGACCUCAAGGGAUGGCUGCCAAAGACUAUCAUCAACCAGGUCCUCUCGCAGACCCAGGUGGAGUUUGCCAACCACCUGCGCAAGCGCCUGGAGUCCCGCCCCGCUCUUGAAGCCAGGUGUUGAAGACCAGCCUGCUGCUACCAACGGCUCCCAGCUGAGCGCACCUGCAGGCUCACGAGGAGGUCUCUGCUGGAAGCCUACAAGUCUGUUAAAGAUCUUCAUCCAGGGACAGUGGGAUGGGAUGGUGGUGCGUGUCCAGUAUGAUACUAGAACUCAGAUGGGUAACAUUUUAGUACCAAGAAAGUGGGGACAAGGCUCUUUUAACUUCAUUCACUGAUGAGCUGUAAAAUGAAGCACAGGGGUCCCAAAAUAUUUGUAAAACUUUUUUUCUGGGUCCUUACUUGUCUACCUAGAAACAUCUUUAUAAUGCUACCAGUUAACGAACGCAGGGUGCACAGGGUGCAAAAUACAAGGAUUAGGACCGCAUGCUUGAUGAGCUCAAGAGCUCCAUUCCCUGUGGGCAAUGUGUGCAGACAGAGCAGGUCUUACACAGGGCCUCCUGAAACCCUCUUCUCCUCCACCAAGGUGGUAGAGAACUGCGCCAAAGAACAAGCAGCUCCCACAGCGGACACCGUCCAGAACUCUAGUUCAAGUUAAUGAAAAAAUACAAAACUAAUGAUCAGACUGAUUCCCCUACUUCUUCCAUGAGCAAUAGUCAGAAUAAAGAAUCGUAACUAACACAAAAACUUUAGUCUGUACCUGUUUUAAAAUUCUACUCUUAAAAUCCAUGCUAGUAAAUUGCAACUUCCUACUAAAGGAGUCAUGGAUGAAGACUGUAAUUAGUUAAACUAAGUCCCCGACCUCACUCAAAGGAAAAACGCCAGGGGACUUAGGUCAUUCAAUUAUGUACGACCUGUUACCAGAAUCUUUCAUAAAAAUUUAAUUUACACGAUAAGCACAAGACUAAAUCAGUUCUUAAAAGAACUCUAUAGCUGGUAGCUGAUUAACGGGCAUUGGAAGAUGAAGAUUAUAACUGAAGAUUUUUAUUUACCUAAUUAAAAGGAUAGAACCAAAGGCGAGUGACAGAAUGGUAUUACUAAGAUAAAAUCAAACAAAAGCAAAUUUUCUUACUUUCCCAUUAGUGACUGUUUAGACCUAAAAAGGGAGCUGAAUCUUUAGUUUGGAGUCUAUUACAUUUCCUCUUAGCUUGACUCGGGGCUGCCAAUUUCUCUGCUUUAACAGGUCAAUGUUUGACUAUUUUGGAGGAGAUGGCUGGAAGAAGGGGUGAUAGGGUGACAGCAAAAUCCCUUUCCAAGAUUCAGAGAAUUGGUGCUUAAAAAAUGCAAGUUGAGAUGGGGUUAUUUGGCUAAAAUGUGUAAGCAGGAUGAAAACCUAACCAUUAUCACUUGAAGCUUUUCCAUUCCAGUGCUAACAGCAUUG